CUCCUUACAGGUUCUUGUGACUGCAUAAAGGAAACAGCUAUAACCUUGAUUUUUCUCAUUGAAGGUUAAAAUUACUGUGUAAGUAUUGUCCACUUCAGGUUUGUUGACAAAAGGAUGAAUUCUUCAGCUGAUAAGACUGUUUGUAGACUGUUUGAAGUCCCAUCAUAAGUAACGUUCCAGUCAGAGGUCUUCCUGACCAAGAUUUAAAGCUUUCCUGUCGAAGAGUUGUACUGUGUAUAUAUAUAUCUGUAAGGCAUUCAGUAAAAUAUCUUUACCUAGUGGAAGUGGGUGAACCUUACAUUUCAAUUUAGCACUGAGAAUUUUACUGUGCUGUGAAUGGUCGUGGGAGACACGUGCGUGUAAACUACCUGAUUCACAACAUUACGUGGGAAGAUUUAUCGGUGCACGGCAAGAAUUUGUCACUGCUGAAAACAUUCUUGGUUUUUAUAUUUUACAGUAACAGUGUGGUAUGUUUUAAGGGAAAUGGUAUUAUUGAUGCAGGAUGUGCGCACUUUACCAAGCUCGCUGGGGCUUGAACCUAUCUGAGAUUGUGUUCAAAGGAUUGUUCAGAGGAUAAUCGUUGAAGAUAGGCAAACAUUUUAAAAGGUUAAAUGAAAUGCCUUAUAACUUGAAAAUAUGUGGUUUUGAACUGUUAGUUCAACAAAGAGGUCAUAUCCGAUAAAAAGGAAGUGUCAUUUUAGAAUAUUGAAUUAUUUCUGUGUAUAUAACUGUAUCAAAGAUCUGUAGCUCUGGAUUCUAAGGAUAUAUUGUUUUUUAAUGAAAAAUCGUAGAUGUUAGCAGACAGCCGUUUGCCAGACAAAAUUACGAUGUUCCACAGUGUGUAGACCCAACAUGUAGACCUAUUGAACUGUGCGUGUGAGAGUCCGUACAAUUUCAGACUCGGCUGCAGCAGAAUCAAUUAUCGUCACAAACAUGUUAGUGACCCUACGGCACAACGGACUAUGUUUUUGUGGCCGUAAGUACCAGGAUAGAAAUACCCAACAGAGAUUAUAUAUCUUUACCAACGGACAGACGGACCACCCAGAACGCCGGGACGAAGGGAGCCAUGAUGACCAAGCUAACAUUUCCCUGGUGGAGUACCGCGCCCUUCAGAGGGAGUUGGACGAGAGAAACACACAACGGGAUGAACUCCUGUUCAAAGUCAAGACACUCACUGACAAGACCAAGCACUACAAGUCCCGACUGGAGCGGGAGGAGAGUACCAAGAGACAGCACAUGAAGAUCCUAUGUAAAACCCAGGAGACACAGCUUCAGGAGAAGGAGAACCUCAUCAGUAACCUACAGGGACUACUGGAGGAGAAUGAGGCCCGGGUACAGCAGCUGGAGCAAGGUCCAGUGAAAUGCCGACCCUUGGGUGACAACAACAACAUCCCCCACACUGGUGGAAGGACCACUAUGAGGCUAAUUGAGGAGGUGAAGCGACUUCAGGGGGAGAAAGUGGAUCUCACCCGUCGCUUGGAGGAACAGAUACAGCUCUUUACAGUUCCAAAUCCUGAGGGCAAGGAAGUGGGGCAGGAGCCCCAGGGGCCGGGUGGAGAACAUGGUCUGGGGCUGGAUAAAACUGUAACCGACCUACAGAAAGAGAACCAUGACCUCCGAGACACCAUAGAUAGGCUCCAUAAAAGUGGCCAGUCAUCAGACACUGGACCCUGCACAACAGACACAGAGAAACAGGUGGAUAAACUGCAGGGAGAGAAUGACCGCCUCCAGGAGGAAAUGACUGACCUAAAGCAAGUCUACAGCCAGUCCACAGACAUGGUCAAACAGGGAGCCAAGCAAUACCAGCAACUUGAUGAAGAGGUAUCCAAAUUGAGACAAAAGAUCACCACACUGGAGAACCAGCUCACGAGGAAAUCUGAGGAACUCGCCACACUACAAAACAAACACCGUCAAGAGCAGACAACUCUCAGAAGUGAAAGUCAGGCCACGGCACGUAAAAUGAGGGAGCUGCAAGCUGAGCUGACAGCAUUACAUGCAAAGGAGCCAGAGGUGAUCACCAAGAUAAAGCGUGUGGAGGUACAGACAGAGUCGGAGGACCUGAAGAGAAACUACUCUAGGUGUCAGGAAGAAAAGGCACUGCUACAGACAGAGGUAGAGGGACUACAACUAGAAGUCACAGAAGUCAGGGGCCAGCUGCAGGAAGCCUGCAGGCAAUGUCAAGAGAAGAUGCAUGAGAUGACCAGAUUGGAACAGGAAACUGAGACAGUCACACGGGAGCUGAUGGAUGAGAUAGACAGUGUGAGGAAGGAAAAGGAAGAAGCUGUUCGGUCAGUCAGACAUGACCUGGAGCUUGAGCUAGCUACAUUGCGUAUGAAGUACCAGGAUGUGUGUCUGCGUGUGGAGCAGCUCAAGCCAAUUAUGGUCCAACUAGUGCGCGAGUAUGUUCUACUACAAAAACAGGCCAAGAAAUUUCCAACAGUCAUAAAGGAAACCGUGUCUCAGGUCAAAAAAGAGACAACCAGAGCCAUCCGAGGCAUCAACGACUAUAACCAGGAGUUGAUCAAGAAAUACCACAGGGAGAUGGCUCUCAGGAAGAAGUUCCACAACGAACUUGUGGAACUAAAAGGAAACAUUCGUGUGUUUUGUCGUGUACGACCAAAGAUCUCUGAAGAUGGUCAUGGGACCAUGUCCCAGUCGGUGGUAACUUAUGACCAGGAUGACGAUGGACUUAUCCAUGUCAACAACAAGGGCCGCAGUCAGACGUUUGAGGUUGAUAGGGUGUUCACAGAAACCAGUACACAGAUACAGGUGUUUAACGAAGUGCAGUCUUUAGUAACGUCGUGUAUAGAUGGGUACAAUGUAUGUAUCUUUGCCUACGGACAGACAGGCUCUGGGAAGACUUAUACCAUGGAGGGUCCACCUGACGAUGCUGGCAUCAACCAGAGGGCACUCAGAGAGCUGUUCAGGGAGACCUCCAGUCGUGGAUGUGAUUGGACCUACAAAAUCACUGUCACCGUCCUAGAAAUCUAUAAUGAGGUUAUAAGAGAUUUGUUGGUUACUGGUGAUGACACAUAUACCAAACUUGAUAUUAAGAUGAACACAGACGGUCAGCUACAUGUGCCAGGCCUGUGUGUUAAGGAAGUACAGUCAGUGGAGGAUGUCAACAGGGUAUUUGCAACAGGCCAAAAGAACAGAGCAACAGCAACUACCAACAUGAAUGAGCAUUCGUCUAGAUCACAUGCACUCCUGUGUGUGACAGUUGCUGGUGUCAACAAGACAACUAAUGUUCAGAGUACAGGAAAGCUGAACCUGGUGGACCUGGCAGGGUCAGAACGAGUGAGUAAGUCUGGUGCAGACGGGACGAGACUGAAGGAGGCCCAGAGUAUCAACAAAUCUCUGUCCUCCCUAGGGGAUGUGAUUCACGCCCUGCGAAGUAGACAGAGUCAUGUGCCUUACCGCAACUCUCGGCUCACUUAUCUACUGCAGGACUCCCUAGGUGGAGACAGUAAGACACUCAUGAUCGUCCAGGUGGCACCAGUGGAAAAGAAUCAAAGUGAGACUGUAUGUAGUCUCAACUUUGCCCAACGAGUCCGAACUGUUGAACUUGGCCAAGCCAGUCGACGCUUGGAGAACGGAGACACAGAGGGAGACUAUGCUCAUAGUCCCAUGAUGAAGUCCUCGACCCCUUCCAGGAAUGGAGGCACCCCUUCACGCUCUGCCCACCUGACACCGUCCCGCUCUGGAGUGUCGACCCCACCCAGGUCUGGCACUACCCCUCUUAUGUCCUUUAACCGUUCCACUCCUUUGGGAUCUGCCUCGAGGCCAAAGAUAGCAAAGGUUGCUAGCAAACUCAACCUUUAACAGAAGAAAUCUAUAGUGAACUUGCUGAACUGCUACAGUAUUUCAGUGUAAAACCCUUUAAGAUACAGUUAUCAAGGAAUGGACUCUCAAAUAUAGGUGGAUUCAUUGCUUGCUGCAGUAAUCAUGAACUUGAUAUUUCAGACUUGAGGAAAAAACAUCAGACAAUUGACUUUUUGGUAAAGAAGAAUAAUACAGUGGAUGUUUUGUUGGAAAUGUUCAUUGAUAUACAGAGAUUGUGAUAUAAUCGUUACGAUAAUCAUGUGAUAAGGUCGUCUUAUUGACCUAAUGUGAUAUCUUUGAAACUCAUGUGAUUUGUAUUUCUGUAGAGUGACUGCUGCUGAAGUAUAGUUUGCUGGUCCUGUAGAGAAUAUGUUUUGUGUAUACGGGUUAAAUGUCUCUACUUCACUUAAUAGCCAUCGCAUGGUCUGUUGAAAUUCUGAUGGAGCUACUUUCUUGAUUACAAGAUGAAUAUUCAACAGAAUUUUACAAAUUAAACUAUCUUCUGAAUGUACUUUAAUUCUAACGUAAUUGAAACCAUUUUUUUCUGUUCCUUCUUCCUUUCCUUUUCUUUUAUUAAUGUUUACAUAUUACCAUAAACAUACAAUUCUCAGUUUUUACAAAUACACUUAGAAACUUCCUCGUGUGGAGACACUAAUAUCCUUUUGAUUUUCUUUUAUAAAAGCUUUUUUAAAGUAUGUGGUAACCUGGCUUUUUCUGAUUUUUUUCCCCCAUGACAUCUACAUGUACUAGUAAAGUAUCUGUACUGUUUCCCAGAUUAUCUUCGUUUGUAUUGAUCUGGUUCCACACUAAGUAUGAUCUCAUGGAGUAAUUUUGUGUUCAAGUUAAAUUUAUCAGAAAAUAGUGAUACAUUUCCUUUAUUUUGAUUUUGCCAGAUCUUAUAUUUGUUUUUCAAAUUUUGAAGUAAUCAUACAGAUUUCUACAACUCUCUUAUGUCAAAUAAUCAGAAAAAUGGAUCAAGAUACCUGAAAUAAUAUGUUAGUACCCUGUCAGAUUAGUAAUAAAUGUAUAGAGAUUGUGAUAUAAUCACAAUAUAAAUGUACAUAUAUUGAUGGGUCAAAAUAUUAUCUUUACUAUACAGACAAAUUUGUAGGUAACUUUAAAGAAUUAAAAUCACUACAGAGGUGUGAUUUGAAUGCAUAAAGUGUGGAACAUUUUCACAUUAAAUUGCUGAGUGUAUUCUGCAUCAGACCUUUUUCAAAUCAAAGGUUCAAGAAAACUGCAAAUUUUCCGGUAUGUUUUUAGGUUUAAGAUAACAAUAGCCUAGAUGAAUGGAAUCUGGAUCAUUAUAAAACUUGUAAGACAUUCUAGGUUAAAGGGAGGUAAUCCAGCAGUAACUGUAACAGUUACAAGGGCCCAGUUGUUCAAAGCAGGCCAUGGCAAUUACAAAACAUUUUGAUCUAGCAUAUUUUCAAAAGGUUUGAAAU